AAAACAGGUGGUAUAAGUGCGCGCACGUUUAACAAGGGGUCUAGUAUGCUAUGUGAAUUGUCGGUGAUAACACAAAUUUGAUUCCAUUGUAGAUAGUCCUUGGAUGGCGUUAUCUGCGUUGGACUAAUAUCACCGAAUAGUUUACAGCUUAAGCUGUGUAAUGUGAACAAAUGGAGUCAUCUACUGACCGAAUUUCCUCACUACUGGAAAAUUUAAAAUCGGAUUUGAGAGCAAUGAGGACCCAAGACGUGAAGCUGAUGAAGCAGUUGAUUGGAAUUAACGAAUCAAUCCGGAGUUUAACGAAAGCCCGUCAGCAGCGACCGAGUGCGGGGGCACGGGUGGUGUCCGCUGUCGAAUUUAACGCCAUGACCACGCCCCUAGUUCGACAGCAGAGUGCCCCGUCAUACAACAAGCUUCACAGGAACGACAGCAUGGGAUCCGUCGACUCAUUUGAAGGAUUUGGAAGUUCGGUGGAAGACAUUAACGAAGAAACAGCUGAGGAACUUCGAGACUACCUAAGUUGUUCUACAUCAUCCCUUCCUCCCAUUCCCACAAUUCCAAAGUCCCACUCCCUCGCUGUGAUGAUGCCACUUCCGAAUGAAGAAAUAGAGGCAGACGACAGUACGUACGAGGGAAUUUUAAUGACUAACAUCAAACUUUGGAAACAUUCACAACAGAAACUAAAGCAGGUCACGUGAUAUAUACCCAACAGACCAGGUCAACAAAAGGUUGUCAUCAUUUGCUUCAUGUAUGGAUGCCAAUCUGAAUCUAGAGCUCCGUGACAGGAGAGACUAAACGUCUCAAUCAUAGACUUUGCCUGACAUGAACAAUUGGACAGGCUUGUAGUUAAUGCAGUUCGCUGACAUUGUAUGUAAAUUUUAUGAAAAUUUUAUUGACAAUGCAUCAGCUUGUGUUACAUAACUGAUAAUUACCGAUGUAAAUACGUGGUUGAAAUCAGUGUGAAAUUCUACAGGCCAAGGGAAAUGUGCAAUGAACGACUGAUAAACAUGUAUCAUUAAUUUUUGGAAGCCGUAGGAUAGGGUGAGGAGCAAGUGUCGCGUGUUUAUGACUGUCUUGCAGUAUUAUAUAAUCAAGUCGAAUCAUGUCAUUUUGAAUUGUCUGUUUUUACAAAUAAAGUGAUUUUGACUGCAUAAA